CCGCUUCCUCACCAUCAACCUCGCCCAAGAUGGCCAACAUCCAAACCACAGCGGGCGCUUCCUCGUCAUCCAUCCAAACCCUCGAACGAAUCGGCGCCCACUCUCACAUCCGUGGACUAGGCCUCGAUGAGCACCUCCAGCCCCUCUCUGGGCCCGCUCAGGGUCUCAUAGGACAGAAGAGUGCUCGCAGGGCGGCAGGUCUGGUAGUCGAGAUGGUCAAGAGCGCCAGGAUUGCCGGAAGGGCCAUCUUGAUGGCAGGCCCGCCCAGCUCCGGCAAGACGGCCAUUGGGAUGGCAAUGUCCCAAUCGCUAGGCCCAGACGUGCCCUUCGUGAUGCUGUCCUCAUCCGAAGUCUUUUCCCUCGAAAUGUCCAAGACAGAAGCCCUCACGCAAGCUUUCCGAAAGGCCAUUGGCGUGCGGAUCAAGGAGGAGGCCGAGGUGCUGGAGGGAGAGGUGGUGGAGAUCAUCGUGGACCGUAGUCUGACAGGAGCGACCAAGACGGGCAAGCUUACCCUCAAAACCACAGACAUGGAGACAAUCUAUGACCUCGGCAGCAAGAUGAUCGACACCCUCUCCAAAGAGAAGAUCACCGCAGGCGAUGUAGUUUCAAUCGACAAGUCCUCUGGUCGCAUCUCCAAGAUCGGUCGAUCCUACACCCGCGCCCGUGACUAUGAUGCCGGCGGGCCGGACACCAAGUUCGUCGCCUGCCCCGAGGGAGAGCUGCAGCAUCGUCGAACUGUCACGCAUACCGUGACGCUGCACGAGAUCGAUGUCAUCAAUUCGCGGACGCAGGGCUUCCUUGCCCUUUUCGCGGGCGAUACGGGAGAGAUCAAGCCUGAGUUGAGGGCGCAGAUUGAUGGCAAGGUCGAGGAGUGGAAGGAGGAGGGCAAGGCGACCGUAGUACCGGGUGUCCUGUUCAUUGAUGAGGUGCACAUGCUGGAUGUCGAAUGCUUCAGCUUCCUCAACCGAGCACUGGAGGGAGAGAUGGCGCCGCUUGUCGUAAUGGCUAGCAACAGGGGCCUUGCGCGCAUCCGUGGCACUCGCUUCAGGUCACCACAUGGCAUUCCCAUCGACCUUCUGGAUCGCGCUCUCAUCGUCGCCACGACAAAGUACGCAGAGGAGGAGAUUGGCGCCAUUCUUCAGCUUCGCGCCCAAGAGGAGGAUGUGGAACUCAGCGCUGAGGCCCUCAGCGUUCUGACGCGCAUUGGUGCCGAGACGAGCUUGAGGUACGCGAUCAACCUGAUCACGACUAGUGGAUUGGCCUGCAGGAGGAGAAAGGGACAAAAGGUCGAGGUGCCAGACGUCAGGAGGGUGUAUGGCCUCUUCCUCGAUGAGAAGCGCUCCGUCGAGUACUUGACGGCGCACGCAAAGGAGUUCAUGGCAGAUGAGGACUUCAACCCGGACGUGGCGCCGGACGGCCUUCCUGUUGAGCCAGCGGCGGCAGCGCAGGCCGCAGCGACAAAUGGGGCAGCAGGCGUGCCAAUGGAGGGUGUCUUGGCGCAAUAGAGGAAGAAGGGGG